AUGAACGGCACAGAGGGACCCUAUUUUUAUGUCCCUAUGAUGAACACCACCGGCAUUGUCCGGAGUCCUUAUGAAUAUCCUCAGUACUACCUUGUCAACCCAGCAGCCUAUGCUGUUAUGGGCGCCUACAUGUUUUUCCUCAUUCUGGUCGGCUUCCCCAUCAACUUCCUCACUCUCUACGUCACCAUCGAACACAAGAAGCUGCGAACCCCUCUAAACUACAUCCUGCUGAACCUUGCGGUGGCUGAUCUCUUCAUGGUGUUCGGAGGAUUCACCACAACGAUGUACACCUCCUUUCAUGGCUACUUCGUGCUUGGCCGCCUUGGCUGCAAUCUGGAAGGAUUCUUUGCUACCCUUGGUGGUGAAAUUGCCCUCUGGUCACUAGUUGUUCUGGCUAUUGAGAGGUGGGUGGUCGUCUGCAAGCCCAUUAGCAACUUCCGCUUUGGUGAGAAUCAUGCUAUCAUGGGUGUUGCCUUCACCUGGCUCAUGGCCUUAUCCUGUUGUGCUCCCCCUCUUGUCGGCUGGUCUCGUUACAUCCCUGAGGGCAUGCAGUGCUCAUGUGGAGUCGACUACUACACCCGUGCAGAGGGUUUCAACAAUGAGUCCUUUGUAAUCUACAUGUUCAUCGUCCACUUCACCAUUCCCCUGACUAUUGUGUUCUUCUGCUAUGGCCGUCUGGUCUGUGCUGUCAAGGAGGCUGCUGCUGCCCAGCAGGAAUCUGAAACCACCCAGAGAGCUGAGAGGGAAGUCACCCGCAUGGUCAUCAUCAUGGUCAUUUCCUUCCUGAUUUCAUGGUUGCCCUAUGCAGGUGUGGCCUGGUAUAUUUUCACACAUCAGGGCUCUGAAUUCGGACCACUCUUCAUGACCAUCCCAGCCUUCUUUGCCAAGAGUUCCUCCAUCUACAACCCAAUGAUCUACAUCUGCAUGAACAAGCAGUUCCGCCACUGCAUGAUCACCACCUUGUGCUGCGGGAAGAAUCCAUUUGAAGAGGAGGAGGGAGCAUCCUCCACUGCCUCCAAAACCGAGGCCUCCUCUGUCUCAUCCAGCUCCGUGUCUCCUGCAUAA